AUGGAGCAACGACUGCGAGUUCUUUUCGAGAACGACGAGGAAUUACUGCAGCUUGACACCGGACUGACGCAUCAGCAGUCGAAUCGUAGAGAUUCAUGGCUUGAAGUACCGCAGCUUGCCGAACCUAGCCCUCUGGAUCCACAGAACUCGACCGAGUCGACCGAGCAAGACUCACGUUCUGAAGACAAGAUCCACGAGUUGGAGCUUCAACAUGCCUUUGUCCCUACGAGAGCAACGCUCAAGUUGUACCAGUACCUCUUGUCCCCCAGCCAGGACUUGUACAAAACGGUGGCCCAGACGUACUUUGAGGGUGAUCGUAUUUGGCAACGCACCUGGGACCUCUACGAUUUGGCCCUUCCUAGCGGUGAAUAUCUGUCCUUCCUUCCUGCGCUCCAAGUGAAGGCUCUACUGGACGAGAUCAACCAUGACCUCAAUUGUGAGUUGGCUCUGCGGACCUCCCACAAGGGCCUGGUGGUCUUUUUCAACGCUGGUGAUGGCACGCCCUCCCCAGUUCACGUGGGUCAGUUCAAUACUCUGGAAGGUUACCGAGCGAUGGAGCAGCGAAUGAUGCUCGUCAAGAGAAGCAAGGCCGACUGGGUCUUCGAUUGUCCCUCCGACGCGCUGAGUGUAUUCGAAGAGAAGAUCACGGACGCCAUCAUGACUUUCAAAAAGGGUAGACUGACCUCUCGGAGCAUGUAUGGCGAUUUUAUGGGCCACGGUAGCCGAGAGAUGGACCGCACCAUGCGCGGAAUGCAAAUUUACUUGGGAUUGCCGCAGAUGUCCCACCAAGCAAACUCGGCGCCUGGAAGCAAAGGCGUGGGCUCUUCUGUCUCGAUGGAAUCCAAGCGUCCGGAGUCUGUCGUUAGCCCCAUCUUCAUCAGCAUCGAUGCGGAGUGGAAGGAAUUCAAUUCCAGUCAGAUUACGGAGCUUGGGAUUUCGACUUUGGACACUGUCGACAUUCGCUCAAUCGCCCCUGGAUCCCACGGCGAGAAGUGGACCAGUUUCAUUCGCUCGCAUCAUUUCCGCAUCAGCGAGUACACGACCUGGUGCAACAGGAAGUAUGUCAAGGGCUGUCCUCAUAAGUUUGCCUUUGGCUUCAGUCGAGUGGUUUCCGAACGACUCAUCGGUGACCGACUUGAUGAGUUCUUUGCUUCUCUGUCUGGGUCAGGGCCAGGGUCGGCCAAUGUUCAGGGAAAGAAGGGAGCAGCGUCGACUAAGUCCACGGCAUUUCCACGACGCAAGUUGAUUCUGGUGGGUCACGACCCCCACGGCGACAUUAAGAUCUUCGCCGAUCGAUCGCCUCUGUUCCAGUCUCUUUCGACUGACCGCGAGAAUGGCUUUCUCGAGGUAUUGGAUACCCAGAAACUGUACCGCCAUUUCUGUUCUGACCGUUGUGAUCGAAGCUUGGAGAAUAUGCUCCGUGGGUUGGGGAUCAAGUAUCAACACCUGCACAAUGCGGGAAACGAUGCGCGAUUCACGUUGGAGGCCUUGCUUCGCAUGGCAUGGGAGUCUGCGAAGUGA